AUGGCUGCUGGAGCAGAGAUUACUCAGCAGUACCAGUUCAUUCCAAUCCCAGCUAACAAGUUCAGACCGCAGAAUAAUAGCGAGUCCAAAAGGCGCCCUUCUGAACGCCACUAUGAUGGUUCCUUCGACGGGGAAGCAAUAUACGAGUAUUUCGGUAACCGCGUUAUGAAGGGCCACAACACCCUAGGUGGACGCCCUGUCACCGUUAAAUUCAAAACCAUGGGCUUUUUCUGGCAGUUGGAGGCGGAUAUGAUUGCCUACACGCAUUCUCAGAACCUCUUGGCUCCUACUGUCUGGGAAUGCUGCCAAGUCGACCGCCAUCAGAUCACAAUGAUUGCUGACUUUGUGCCAAGUGAUCCACUGGACAGGGCCUGGCCAACAUUGAACAACCAACAACACACGUCAAUCAGGGAACAGCUUGUAGACCAUUUAUUUCAGCUCAUGCACCCAGCCAUAUAUUGGACAUGUCAAUCACCAGCCUACCCGCAACCUGUACAAAGGUAUCAGGACAAAGUUCAUGGGACCAUUCAAUUUCAGAGGCCAAGUUCAAUGAAUGGUAUCUUUCCCGUGUAA